AUGAAACCUCCCGGCGGCGUACUCACCUCCGCUCGUCAUCCGAUACUACUGCCGAAACCAUCUGCUUUCUCCACGAGUUCUCCCCGCGUCUUCUGCCUCGCGUUGAGGCUCAGACCACCGGUACGACGCCGUUCCUGUCUAAGACUGUCGUGUUCAUUGGAGAAUACCGGCCGUAGUACGGCGUCGUGCCAUUAUUCUUCCGCAACCAAAGACGAGAUAUCGAACGCGCUGCCCGAAAUUGAAUCGCUCAAUGUUGAAGUGAGAAGCCCUCUUAUUCCAGCUUCGGCCCCUAUAUUGAGUUUGAGCGAUCAAGCUUUCUUGAUCCUUGCCUUCAUUGCUUGCACGACUUCUGUUGCAUUCGCCAGCCUUGUUGCUGCAGCUAUACCCACAUUGUUUGCAAUGCAAAGGGCAGCAAUAUCUCUUGCAAAAUUAGCUGAUACUGCCCGCGAGGAGCUUCCUAGUACCAUGGCUGCAAUCAGGCUUUCUGGCAUGGAAAUCAGUGAUCUCACUCUGGAAUUAAGUGACUUAAGCCAUGAAAUAGCAGAUGGAGUGAACAAAUCUGCUCAAGCUGUGCAGGCAGCAGAAGCCGGAAUCCGGCAAAUAGGUUCACUUGCUCACCAACAAACAAUGACCAUGAUUCAGGAAAGAGCUAGCUUGCCAAUCAUCUCACUACAACCGAUGGUGGCAGGGGCCGCAAAGAAGACUUCCCGUGCUGUUGGUCAAGCCACUAAGAGCUUGUUGAAUAUCAUCUCGAGAGGUGAUCGUAGCUUGGUGGACGAAGAUGUUGAUCCCACGGACAAGAUCGAAAGUUGA